GGUGAGCGACAAAACAAACCAAAUCAAAACAAAAAUUAGAUCGGUGGAUUGCGAAACGCAAUUUAAAAUUUAUUUUGUUCAGUAAAAGAAAAGUAUGAAUGUGUUCAAAGUGUAUCAUCAGCUUCACUCAAAACGCUCUCAAAUUCUAAGAUUAUUCACAAUAUGUGAUUCGAAUUUGCUCCCAGUCAGACCCUGCUCCUCAAAUGCCACCCCCGUCGGGUUACCAAAAGUGACAACAAACGCAUCCUCGGACCUAACAAAGCUAACCGUUUCCUAUGGACAACCGAUGCCGGCCACACAUCCGCAUCUCCUAACUGAAGAUGAACUGGUGCCGGGGAUUCGUCUUGCCGAAGUGCAAGCCCGACGCAAAGCCCUUCUAGCGCUGGUCAGAAAUUAUGCCGCAACUGGGCUGGAUCGCUCCGUCAAGGAGCACAUUGUGGUCAUACCAUCGGCCAACAAAAAGUAUAUGAGCGAUAAGAUACCGUACGUGUUUCGGCAGAACACCGAUUUCCUAUACUUGAGCGGAUGUCUGGAACCGGACAGUGUUCUGACUCUGGAGGUGGACGCCGCUGGGAACGAGAAAAGUACACUGUUUGUGCGGCCGAAGGAUAGCCAUGCCGAGCUGUGGGAUGGUCCCCGAACGGGGGUGGAAUUGGCCCCACACGUGUUCGGAGUGGACGAGGCAGUAAAUGUGAGCGAUCUUAAAAACUAUUUGACGAAAUACUCGUUUGCACAUCCGCACGGAUUGGUUUGGUUCGAUGAGAAGGAAUGUGACUUAGAGGACAUCAGGAAAAUGGUUGGUGACGUGAGUAGGUCGGAAGUGGUUCGUUCGCCGCUGGGGCUUAUUCACAGGCUGAGGGUGGUGAAGACGCCCGCCGAAAGGGAACUGAUGAGACGCACUUGUCAAAUAGCUUCCGCGGCCAUCAACAGAACAAUGCAGGAGAGUAAAGCCGGACAAAGCGAGCAUCAGCUGUUCGCUAAGGUGGAUUUCUUCAGUCGGAUGGCGGGAGCAAGCUACUUGGCGUAUCCUCCUGUAGUAGCAGGAGGGGCAAACGCGACUGUGAUACACUACGUGAACAAUAAUCAGAUUGUGAAGGACGGGGAGAUGGUUCUGAUGGAUGCUGGUUGCGAAUAUGGAGGAUAUACGAGUGAUAUCACGAGAACGUGGCCAAUAAAUGGGGAGUUUAGCGAACCGCAACGAAUCCUGUACGAACUGUUGUCGCAGGUGCAACAGGAGCUACUCAAAUGUCUGCACAAUGCCGGAGGGGAAACGUUGGAUCAGCUGUUUGAUACGAUGUGCCUUCGGCUGGGAAAGUAUCUGCAGGAGGUGGGGCUGAUUCCUAAAGCCUUGCAAGGUGCAGAUUUGGGACGGGCGGCGUACAAAUUCUGUCCGCAUCAUGUGUCGCACUAUUUGGGUAUGGACGUGCACGACACGCCAUUAAUUUCGCGAAGCAUUGCGCUCGUUCCCGGAAUGGUUUGCACUGUUGAGCCAGGAAUCUACAUAAGUCUCCGACGAAAAGAUGUCCCGCCGGAAUUCCGCGGAUUGGGGCUCCGAAUCGAGGAUGACGUCCUUAUCAAACCAGACAACCAGAUCGAAGUACUAACGGAAGGAUGUGUCAAAGACAUCCGUCAAAUUGAAGCUCUCAUCAGAUCGUAAUCUUGUUCAUAAACGACUACUUUAGACCUAAUUACAUCUGCUACAGGUAAGUCAAUCCAAAAUUCUUCCAAAUCUCCCACCCGUCCAACCCAUUAUCGGAUAAAAUAAACAGAACUGAAUCGUUUUGUACGAAGGAGAUUGUAAAACAUUGAUAUAUUUUAUACAUAUGUAAAAACGAACACUAAUGCUAAGCAGUUUAACGAUUUCCUUAACAUUUAUCACUUUGACUUAGUUAGUAGACGAGAUGCGAUCAAUAAAACAAGUACAUUGAAACCUCAA